AUGGUGGACGAGCUCAUGACGUUCGACCCGUUCACGCAGCAGGACGCGGUCGAGGGCGUCAUCGCGUCGGGCGACGUCGAGAGGAACGCGCUCGCGGAGACGAUUCAGAUGAUGUUAGACGGGAUGUCCGAGAGCGACGCGGCGUGGGAGGCGCACGUGGCGAGCGCGGUGGAGACGAAGAGUAAGGCGCGUUCUAUACACUGGUCCCCAUACGACCGCGUCGGCGUGGUGAACGCCGAUCCUUAA